AUGGGUAGCAAUUCUGAAGACUCAGCACCGCCUGGAACUCCACAAUCUCCUCUACAAGAUCUUGUCGAUCCUUCCAAACUAGAACCUUCCUUUCCUGUUGAGAGAGAUUCCAGAACCCCAGCUUCCUCUCUCUCCAAGCCUGACUUUGACAAGCCUUUGUUUACCAAUGAAAACAACGCCACCAAUCCUGAGGCUGCUCUUCUUGACAACUUCACUGCCUUGAAAAAACAAGCAUUAGAGCUGUACGGAGAUGAGGCUAAGGAUGAACAGGUUGAGGUAGUAGCUGCCUUGGUCCACGGCCUACACACCUUUGUUCUUGCGGGCACCGGUUUUGGCAAGACCCAAAUUGCUGAAAUGUACCAUAAUUUAUUCCAACCUGAUCAGAAGGCGAUUUUGCUUGUGGUGAACCCUCUAGACUCCCUGGGAGAUCAUCAGGUCUAG